CAUGAUCCGGAAGACUAAAUCUUAGACAAAGCCCAUCUGGUCUUACUUAGAAAUCCACAGUGUGCUUUUGUCUUCUCCUGGACAACCCAAAGGACAGGUGACCACAAGCACAAGAAAGGCAACUAUCCAACUGACCAAGGGAAAGUUAAACUCACAGAUCAUUCUGCAAAAAUGUCAGGCCACAGUGUGGAGGAAGACUUAGAGGAACUGCCUGCAACAAACACAGGACCCAAGGGAGUGAUCAAUGACUGGAGGAAGUUCAAAUUGGAGAGCGAGGAUCAGGAGUCCAUCCCCCCCAGCAAGCGCGAGCUCCUCCGGCAGAUGUCUUCUCCCUACAAGCCCAACCGGGAAGAGGAAGCUCGGGAGAAACUGAACCGCAAGAUGAGCGUGCAGGAGUACGAGCUGAUCCAGGAUGAGGAUGAAAGCUGCCUCCGCAAGUAUCGCAAGCAGUGCAUGCAAGAGAUGCAUCAGCGCCUGAGCUUUGGCCCCAGGUUUGGUUCCCUGUAUGAGCUGGAGAGCGGAGAGCAGUUCCUGGAGACCAUUGAGAAGGAGCACAGGCUAACGGUGGUGGUGGUGCACAUCUAUGAAGACAAAGUCAAAGGCUGUGAUGCUUUGAACAAUUGCCUUUCCUGCCUGGCUGCAGAAUACCCUACCGUCAGGUUCUGCAAGAUCAAAGCCUCCAACACUGGGGCAGGUGAUCGCUUCUCAGACAGUGUGCUGCCCACCAUGCUGGUGUACAAGGCAGGAGAGCUUCUGGGCAAUUUCCUGUGCAUCACAAAGCAUCUGAAUGAGGAGUUUUAUGCAGUAGAUGUGGAGUCUUUCUUGAAUGAGUAUGGCUUGUUACCGGAGAAGGAGUUUGGAGCCUGUCAGAAUUACGAAGACGAAGCAGAUGUCGAAUGAAUUUCAGAUUGCAGGGGAAUGCAGAGAGAAUAAGUUCAAUUAUUCUUCUAAGUAGUGUUUUCCAGUACGGCAUCUCAACUCUUCUUAAGGCAAUUUCUAUAAAAGAUCAAGUGCUGCCCUGAAACCUGUGUAGUCUGUCCUCAGGGCCUUUUUCCUUAAUAUUUCCUAAGACCUACCACACAUUGCCACAUCCAGACCAUUGAUAAAGUAAAAAAAAUCAAAUAUUUUAGCUUCUUGGUCACUCUAACUUACAGUAAGUCUAAAUAUAUAGACACUAAACAUGCACACAAAUAUGAAACUGUAAAUCUAAGCAUCUAAGCAGAAGGUGGCUAUGUACAGUAUUGUAAGUCAUGUCAAGAGAAAGUGAACUGUACAAACAUUCAGAAGCAAAUGCCCUUUAUUAAGAAAAUAAUCGAUUAGUUAAUUUUUAUAAACUCAGAAUGUAUUGCAGAAUGUAAUGCCCUUCGUAAUUACUUUUGUUUUUUAAAGUUGUUUCACUUUUCUGCUGUAAAGUUCCUUUUUCCCCCAUUGAUGAUUAAAGGUUUCACAGAA